UGAUAAUGGUCAGCCACCUCGGUAGCUUGCUAGCUGAAACAUUGAAGCUCUUUACACUCGUUCAUGUAUAUUGUCCACUGUGUUUUAAACUCACUUCUUCUGUCGUCUAGCUAGUUAUCCCAUUUAAUGUCAUAUUUACAUUGUUGUUAUUAGUCAGCUAACCGAGCUGGCUGGUUAAGUUAGCAUUAGCCUAGCUAGCUAACAUCUCUGACCAUGAGUUCACUGAGCUGCUCUCCUCCUGAUAAAGAAGAGGAGGUCUGCUGGACGGAGAAAGAGGGUCUGUGGCUGAAUGUUGUUGUGAAAGAGGAGAAGGAAGAGGAGGAUAUCACAGUAACAAAAGUAGAGGAUGAGGAUGUUGCAGUGAAAGAAGAAGAGAAAGAUGAAGAUCCCGUUUUUGGAGUGAAGGAGGAGGGAGAGAUAACUGUCGUAUUGGAAGAAGAAGAGGAGGAUACUGGACAUCUGAUUAACCCCAGAGAGAGACGUAACUAUCGUGGAUCGUCUGGGGAGCCUCAACAACAUCAUGAAGCAGAGAAGAGACUCUCCACAUCAGAACACCUCAAGAGUCCCCAACGGAAACCCACAGGGAAGAAACUUCAUCGCUGCUCUGACUGUGGGAAGAGUUACUCAAGAUCAGAUUCACUAAAAGUACAUCAGAAAAUUCACACUGGCGAUAAAUCUCACCGCUGCUCUGACUGUGGGAAGAGUUACUCCAGAUCAGAUUCCCUCAAAGUACACCAGAGAAUACACACGGCAGAGAAAACGUAUAGCUGUGAUCAAUGUGGGAAGAGUUUUACUUCACCUAGCCAGCUGACUAUACACCAGAGAACACACACAGGAGAGAAACCUUUCCGCUGCUCUGACUGUGGAAAGAGUUUCGUUAUCGCGGGGAAUUUAAAAUCACACCAGAGAACACACACAGGAGAGAAACCUUAUAGCUGUAAUCAAUGUGGGAAGAAUUUUGCUUACUCGAGCAGCCUGAUAGCACAUUUAAAAACACACACAUGAGAGAAUCUACUGCGUUGACUGUGGGGAGACCUUUUCAAAAUCAUCUACAUUACAAUCACACCAGAGAAUUCACACAGGACAGAAAUCUUAUAGUAUUUUAAUGAUGUCACAAUGUAGAAUGUUUUAACAUUGUAGUAGGAGUGUUCUAAUGAUGUCACAAUGUAGAACCCUAAAUGUUUGUCCUCUGUUCUAUUGAUUUCAGCAUGAUGUGGAUAUUAGCCUCAUCAGGGGGAAAAUCUAGGCUCUGAAAUGAAAGAGUCCUAUUUAUGAGAUUUAACAAAAAGUGACUAACAAAAGAAAGUGUUUUGUUACUUACCACGUUGGUGACCCACUUGAAUCAAAAUGCAACACUUUAAAAUGUAGCGAGCUGUUUUCUACAAAUUGUCUUCUAACUAAUGAUGUACACAUUAUUCCCAGAUUCUGUGUCAUAUCGAUUUUGAGUGAUGCCAAGUAAGUGUUGCAUUUCUCUUCGUUCUGGGGACCCCUAAAUUUAAAUGCAUCACUCCAAAGUGUAGCUGACUGUCUUCUGCAGGUUGUCCUCUAACCAGUGAGGUGAAAUAUAUCUCCCAUUUGUUUUUAGUUUUGUUAGUUUCAACAGCAACCUACAACCUGAUUUUUAUCUGAUCGAUGUCCGUAAUUUAUUGCCACUUGUUAAAACAACAGUGUUUUUGGUGCUCAUUUAAAAAAUAAAAAUAACUUCUUUUUUUUCAAUGUUUUUAACUUUAAGUUAAUUAUUGCCAUAUUAACAAAUGGGGUGGUAUUUCAUCCUAUUUACAUUUCAUGUAACAUUUUAGUAAUCAUAAUUAUUUACGCAACCAACUGACAAUUUAUUUUACUAUCAUAUUGUUUACUAAAAUAAAACUAGAUUAUAUUUCUGGUUGGAUAUAUGGGUUUUGAUAUUUCAUAUUACAUAAAUGUAAUGUAACAUUUAGUAAUCACAAUUAUUCACGCAACUAACUUACAAUUUAUUUUUCUAUAAUUAUAUUGUUUACUAACAAUGUCGUAAAUCAAGCUUAUAGUUUGUGCCAGGAGUCAUUACAUCCUAUUCUUACUAUUGUAAUCAAUGGUCUUUCUUAGAAUGAUCAUUAGUCUUUCGUUGUUUUGUUUAAUCAAUGGUCUUUCCUUAGAAUGAUCAUUAGUCUUUUCAGUUUUUAUUGUUCUUUAGUUUUUUUCAUCCUCAUGAUUGUUGUAAAUAUUUAUAAAUAAAUAAAUAUUUCAGUUUUUAUUUUCAUUUGUUUGUUUUUUUAAUGUUGUUUUUUCUUUGAAGCAUUGAUUUGCUUCCAUGUCUAAAAUGUGCAUAAAUAUGUGUGUAAAUAAAGCUUGAUUUGAUUUGAA